AGAGCAACUCCCUGUUGUUUUCUGAAAGGAGUCUAACAUACAGGUGCGUGAUGCCUUUUAUUAGGCGUUCCAGUCCUUUGUGAACCCAUAAUGGUAGCGUAAGUUAGUGAGCAAAUACCAGUGAGAUCUGGGAACCUUUGGACCUACAAACAGAACUGGAGCUGCCCUCUGUCUGUUGGACAAUCGUCUUUGGCCAGUAAUGCACAUUGAAAGUUAGAACAAUAGCAAACUUUUACAUCAGUAAGAGCUGAUGGACAUUACAAUGGUUUUGGAAGGAACCCGUCAUCUGGAGUGACUCUAUGGCGCUGGGGCACGGCUCAAAGAAGUCAGUUUCAUGCGACCAGGGGACUCCACCUGCUUCUCUGAACGAUGGGUAGGUAGGACCAACGGCUGUGUCAACAAAUAAGUCCAGAUCCCACAAAUGUCUUCUGGCGGUCCUCAUCCUCCUGAUGGUGCUGAUUGUAGCUGCAGGAGCCACACUAGCCUGGUACUUCCUGGAGUACAGGGUCUGGACAUUAGAUCCUCGGGUGGAGAAGCAGUACACAGGGUCUCUAACCAUCUUGAACAAGAACUUUUCCACUGAAAUGUCCUCUCACAGCAGUCCUCUGUUCAAAAGAGAGGCCAAGGCAGUACAGAACACGAUAAACAAGAUAAUGAAAGCUUCAUGCCUGUCCCGAUACUUUAACUCCACCACUGUGUUUGCUUUUGGGCAGGGCAGUCUGGUGGCUCACUUCUGGAUAGUUCUGUCUGUACCCAGCAGCCAUGUUGGUAGAGUCACAGUGGAGAAGGUCAGCAGGACCCUGGAGGACGGCCUGAGAGAGCAAUCAGUGACAGAGGACACAAGCAGCAUUGAUGGCUUUCUGUUCCACCUUCCCACACUGUCUAUCAGAGAAACUGAUCCUAAAGUCAUAGCUCUUUUAAAGGCUGCCUUUGACUGCUACCGCUAUCAGAUGGUGGUUUCCAGCAGUCCCGUGGUUCUCCGUGGCCCUGACACGCAGCGCUCCUCCUGCCUGUGGCACCUCCAGACUGCCCCCAGCUUCCAGCUGGAGCUCCACAUGGAGUGGCUGCUGCCGGAGUGCAGCGACCGGCUGGUGGUGUACGACUCCCUCGCCCCCUCCGAUGAUCAUCUCAUCACGUCGGUGUACGGCUGCAGCAGACACGAGCAUGUGGUGCGUGUUCUGUCUUCAGGCGAGUGGAUGACAGUGGUUUGGAAGCAGGGUCUUUACAACUACAGAGACCCUUUUUCUUUGUCUGCACAAGCCUGGAUCCAGCAGGACUGUGACUUUGACAUUGAAGUGAAGGACAUGUCCGGGAUGCAGGGGACUCUAAGGACGCCUUUUUUCCCCAGCUACUAUCCUCCAAACACCAACUGCACCUGGAGGUUUUCUAUGCCCGGUGCAGGUUUGGGUUUGGCUCUAGACUUUGAUGGCUAUGAGCUGAGUAGAGCCAGCUACAAUCAAGUCUGUACACAGGGACAGUGGAUUAUCCAGAAUCGCAGACUGUGUGGUACGAGGGGCCUUCAGGCCUACUGCGAACGCCUCUUCCUGCUCUCCACAACAACAACUGUUAUCAUGACAUCUGAGGUGUUACUCACAGGGCCAGGGCUUCAGCUGCACUAUAGCACCUUCAACCUGACAGACCCUUGUCCAGGUCAGUUCCUGUGCACAGUGAACGGCCUCUGCGUUCCUGUGUGCGAUGGAAUCAAAGACUGUCCCAACGGACUGGAUGAGAGGAACUGCGUGUGUGUGGCUCAAUUUAUAUGCCCAGAGGACAGUCAGUGUGUGGACUAUUACAAAGUGUGUGACCAACACCCAGACUGCCCUGAAGCCACGGAUGAGAUGAACUGCACUGAAGGUGUCCAGUGCACAGAUAUGACCUAUGUGUGUGCUGAUGGUACGUGUCUGAAAAAGCCCAACCCCAUGUGCGACUCUGUCACUGACUGCCCUGAUGGUUCAGAUGAGAAGCAGUGUGACUGUGGACUAAGACAGUUCUCCAGCCGCAUUAUCGGUGGAAAAGACGCCUCAGAGGGGGAGUGGCCAUGGCAGGCCAGCCUCCAGGUGCGAGGCACCCACAUUUGUGGGGGUACAUUGAUCUCCAGCCAAUGGGUGGUGUCUGCUGCCCACUGUUUCUAUGACGACCGCCUCUACUCCCCCACCAUGUGGACAGUCUACCUUGGUAAGCUGCUCUUGAACCGCAGCAGCCCCACAGAGGAGGUGGCUCGAGUGCUGCACAUUCACCUGCACCAGUAUUAUGACGAUGAGUCUCAGGACUAUGACCUGGCCCUGCUGAAGCUGGACAGACCUGCAUCUGCACUCCUGGCUGAACAUGCUCGACCUGCAUGCCUGCCGCCCCCCACCCAUCAGCUGGAACCGGGCCUGCUCUGCUGGGUCACCGGCUGGGGGGCGCUCAAAGAGGGAGCGGGUGGAGCCAGUAAUGUGCUUCAGAAGGUGGACGUCCGACUGGUCAGUGAGGAGGACUGCGUUCGCUCUUACGGCCAUCUGAUUUCUCCCAGAAUGCUUUGUGCUGGUUAUCGCAGCGGAAAGAAAGAUGCAUGUCAGGGGGACUCUGGCGGUCCGUUGGUUUGUCAGGAGCCUUCAGGCCGCUGGUUUCUGGCCGGUGUGGUGAGCUGGGGAAGAGGCUGCGGGCGACCAGACUACUACGGCGUCUACACUCGCAUCACCAGACUCACGGGCUGGAUCAAAGAGAUCAUCUCCUGAGAAUCAUUUACAAAGAGGAAGCUGAAGCUUGCUGACUGUCGAUCAGACCUUUUGAUAGUGAAACGUUUGCAGAAGUUACUGAAACUCAUUGUUCAAACUGAAGUCAAUUAUACCUGUUUAUUGCUGAUGGAAUCUACUAUUGAUCAAAAUGUCUUGAUAAAGCAGAGCAGGAUCUAAUAACAAAAUCAAUUAGACAUAACAGCCAAUUAAAAAUAUCACCACAUAAUCCUUACUUUUAUUCAAUCGACUAUAGAAAGGCUGAGUUUUGUUCUUGCAUCUCCAUGUACCUCAAAGGACAGGAACUUUUAUCCUUAGGGAAUGCUUCAGUAUUGCAGAAUUCCCAUUUUUUGUUAAUUAGUUGUGUAGCCCUUUUUUUAUCAGGCUAUAACCCAUAAUCCAGUUCUGCUCUAUUAGGCAUAACUACAGUUUUAAGGUUGAACGGUUUUCUCAUGUAGCUGCGCGAACGGUCGAAUUCAGUGCUGUGAAAUGGACAGCUGUGUUUCAUUAUACCUGCCUUUUAAAUUUUCACUUUUGACUGACAUUUAUUAUGAAUACUGUGCAACUUUAUAUGACUUUGAAGCAGAGGAACAUUUUUAAAAAAGUGAAGAAAAUAUCACUUCUUUGACAGCUGCUGUCCUUUUUUUUUUAGCACAUUCUGGCUCUCAAAUGUCACAAGACCUGGAUGCUGUAUAAAAUGUAACUCCUCAUUCAUAAGGACAACUCAAAAUACAUGUAUAAAUCUAAAAAUAAACACAUGAAAAAA